AUGUCGGCCCCCUCAACACGCACGGCGCGGUCCGCGUCCACGGCAGCCGACUCCCCAGAGAUCCUCACCCCAGGGAGAAAAAUCAAGGCCAUGCUCACGGCUUUCGACAGCGACUCGGAAUCAGACAGCGGCAAGCCCACCGUUCGAAAACCAAACACGAAUUUUUUUGAUUCUAUGAAGACUGACGCUGUUCGUAUGCGCGACAAGCUGAUGGCGUUGGAUUCAAAUUCGGAGGAAGAGGAGGAAGACGACGACAUUGUCAUGCCUCGAGGCCGUAUGGCCGCACGCUUACAGGGACAUACCGCAGAGAAGAACCAGGACACGACUCAGCACACGCCUGCCACGGAAAGCGCGUUCGAGCGAGUUUCGAAGAUAUUGCGAGCGGGGAAGCAAGGCGCGAAUGAGACGCGUCGUGAUCUGGGUAAUGAUGAUGAGGCAUCGUCCGAUAAUGAUGAUGAUGAUGAUCUCCCCGCGGCUGGACCGAGACGGAGGAUUCAAAAUGCGGAUGUAGCUCGUGAUAGUGCUGAGGAUGGCGACUCGGUUAGGUCGCAAUCCCGUGCACGCUCCUUUUCGCCCCUGUUCGUUUCUUCGCCGACGAAGCAGGCUGAAGAGGACGGCCCCGGCAGUGAAGAGGCUGGACAGAAGCGAAACAACCGAUUCCUCGCUCUUGUUGCGAAGAAGCGAAAGGAACGUGAAGAGAAGGAGAGGAUCGAAGAGGAGAAGAAGGCUGCGAAGGCAAAGGAGCGAGAAGAUUUCAGCGCGAAUCUGUUCUCUGAAGAGGAAGAUGCAGAUGGCGGACAGACUGGCAAAAAGAAAUCCCCGCAGCAGGAUCGUCCUGGUCGAAAGGCCAGCAAGAAGGCGCUCGAGGAAAUGCACCGUGAGACACAGCGCAUGAGCAGAAAUAUGCAAUUGGCCCACGAGGCACGGACGAAGAAAAAGAUUAGCAAGGAGAGCUUCUUUGCUCGCUUCAACUUUAUGCAACCCCAGGAACAGGCUGCGCCAGAGCAGAGUGCGGAGAACUCGUCGACUACGGCAGAUUCACAACAUUCCUCAGAUGUCGAGGCUCAGAAGGAUAAGGAUACUCCGCAUACAUCGCCGGCUCUACCGCCCACCGACGGCCCAGACCUAUCGAAAGACGACGAAGUGAACUUCCCAACCAUUGAAGAAAUUCUGAGCGAUCCGACUGUAGAGGCAGUGAAGGCAAUUGGAGACAAAACGGAGGACGAGACGAUCCAGCCAACCACCGAGAUGUCUGAAGUUAGGAAAGGGAAGCUUCCAGGGCGGGUAGCACCAGCUCGCGUUCGGCUCACUCGUGAGCAGGUAGCUCGGCAUCAGAAGGACGAUUCAGACGAUGACUUGGAGAUUGUUACCUCUCCAGCAAAGUGCCGGCGCAUUGCAGCGUUCGAGAAUCUUCCGGCACGACAGGUUCAAGAGUCCGCUUCAAUGUUCAGAUUGAAAGUAUUAGCACAACUUACUUCCCCUACUCGCAAGUCUACUAUGAAUUCCGCCGAGCUGUCCGCGAGUCUACUAUAUGAAGCUAAACAGCAGGCGGCGAAAGAAAGACAGGAGAGGAUAGACGAACUCAGAGCACGGGGAAUUGUCAUUGAAACCGCUGCCGAACGCGCUGCUUUUGAGGAUGAGGUGGAGAACCUCGUUGAGAAGGCAAGACAGGAAGGUGAAGAUAUCGCAAAGAAGGAACGCGAGGCGGCGAAGCGUAAGAAUGGUGGCGAUCAAGAUGACGACGAUGAUGACAGUGACUUUGAACUCUCCGGAUCAGAAGACGGGGAUAACGUCGCGGACGAUGACGGGGAGGAAGAGGAUGAAGAGGACGAACUCGAUGAUGAAGCCAAAGCGGAAAGGGAGGGAGACUUGGAAAACUCCGAAGCCGAUGAAGACGAAGACGACGAUGCGGAGGCUGAUGCCGAUUCUGAAAUGGAGGAAGCAGCCGUCCCAGUGGAGGAGCCAAAUGUACCAACCCAAAGACGAAAGCGACCUACUCGAGUUGUCAGUGACGACGAAGACGAAGAUGAGGGCCAGGCACCAAAGACUCCUGCAAAGCCCAUCAAUCCCUUCUUCAAUUCCGUAGAACGCCCAAAUAUUCCCGUCAAGCCUUCAGAAGCCACAAUGAGCUUAACACAGGCCUUUGCAGGCACGCUUGCUCCAAGUCAGGAUAUGAGCCAGCAGGAAGCCACAAUCCCUCAGUCACUACCGGAACCUGUACCAGUGAGUCUGCGCCAGGAACCCGAUUCUCAGAUUAUUAUCAAAGACAGCCAAGAGAACCGCGCUGGGUCGGUAGAUACUUUCGGAGGAUACUGGCAGCAAGACCGGGUUUCCGAAUCACCCGUCCCUCGAAGCAUGUCCCAAAUGUCUCAAAUCCCAGACCCAACGCAAGACGCGGGGUUUGUCCUUUCCCCAUUCGACCCUAACAAGCGAUUCUUGGGUACACCGACAUCAACCAUCGAGACCGUCUUGGUGGAGCAGAAUCACUCUCCUGUUGCAGCCAGGAACCUAAGGAAUCUUCGACGCGGCAAAGCCCCAGAGCUUUCUGCCAUCGAGGAGCAAGAAGAGAGUGAGGCAGAGAAUGAUGAGAGCGCGUUCGAUAUGAUGAAGAAAGCGGCAAAGAAGGCCAGGAAGCCUGUCGCCGACUUUGACCGUAAGAAGAGCAAGGCAAGGGAUGUCGUUGAGGAAGCUGCUGAGGAAUCGGACGAUGAAUAUGCUGGUCUCGGAGGCGCAAGUGACGAUGAUGCCGAUGAUGAGGAGAACGCAUCCGACAGAGAGAUGAUCAACGACAACAGUGGGGAAAGAGUUGAUGCCAAGCAGCUGGCUGCUUUGAAUGCGUAUGUUUAG